AUCGAUAUAAGAAAGUAGCUGUGGCAUGUGGGUACCCUUCAUUUCGCGGGACCUAUUGUGACUAUUCUAGCAAAAUCGAACUGCUCCCAACUCCCAAGUCCCAACUACCUGCGCCCGGCACAGAAGACAGAACACAGGGACCUCUAAGAUUCCAUGGCUUCCACUGCAGCAACCUUAUCAUUCUUCACUUCACUCCCCGUUCCAUCUCGCAAACCCCAGCCUACCCUUCCCAAUUCUCCCUUUCCUCGUAAACUGGUCUGUCUUCCAACUCCACCCAUCGCGGCCGCAAAAAACCCGGUGAAUUAUGGCGUCGCCAGUCUCGUUGGGGCCGGAAUGGUUCUGACCGUCAUCGAACCCGCCUUCGCAGUGAACCUACCUCUGGUGGGUGAGCUCAGCGAGCCCGCUAACGCGCUCUCUUUGCCCACCUGGGCUGUCCACGUGUCGAGCGUUGUGGAGUGGGUUACAGCAAUGGCAUUGGUAUGGCAGUACGGGGAGAAAUCUGGGCUUGAAACCUGGAAGGGGCUCUCUUGGGGUAUGGUACCUUUGCUUGGUGGAGCUCUUUGUGCAUGCACAUGGCAUUUCUUCUACAAUGCAGAGUCUCUAGAGGUACUGGUGGCUCUUCAAGCUGCUUUGACUGUAAUUGGUAACGCCACAAUGGCCAUUGCCGCGUUUCGAAUUUUCAGAGAAUCGGAGGAACGUGCUAAGGAUUUUUGAACACACUAUGCACUCUUUUGUGUGCAAAAGCAGGAUUCAAACUGCUUCCUCCAACUUGAAGGACUAGUGAUUGAUUUGGUGAGCUGUGAAGUGGAUGGAAGGGGGAAUGCUUUUGUUGGUGAAUAGAGUGUUGACUUAUUCAUUGUUGUAGUAAAAUGGUUGGAUGCAGAUUGAUCAUCAUAGCUGAGGCUGGAGCUAGUGAAAAGGGAUUGGUAGAAAGGCAGUUCCUUUUUCUUGGCAGUAACUAUUGUUUCUGUACAAGAGUCGUGGAGCAGUGAUCCAAAUGAGGAAACUUGUUUUGGAGCUCCCUCGUUAGAGCUAGAUUCUCCCCGAGGAGAAGAAAGAAAGUGAUGACCUUCAGUAACAGUAAAACUUAACCAACUGACAAAGAAGAGGAAUUAAAGGAGAAGGGGACCUUUCUUCCCUCAUGAUGCACAUGAUUCCUCUCUACAAAUGUGGGAGAAAUGGGAGGAAAUUGGGUUUUAGGUAAGGGAUCUGCAGAAUGGCUAUAACUACUGGGAUGAACGAAGAAUGGGUUGUGAGUGCAUUGAUUAGCUAUAUAGUAGUGGGGUGAUGGGGUGUGCAUUAGAUAGAGAAGGAGAGGGAGAGCUCCUUCUUUGUUUGUCCAUGGCAAUGAUUGCAGUUGGGGACUCAUGAUGCCAAAGAGAAAGAAAGAAAGAAAGAAAGAAACUCUCUUAUGAAGAAUUUGAUUCAUUCAAGGAACUGAAGAAGCGGAAAAAGUCCUGAAAUGAUGAUGAACGUUGUAUAUAUGAUGGCGAUUCAUUCGAGCCAUCAACUAAGGCCAAAAACCCCAUCCAUGGAUUGUCUACUACUGCAAUAAUGACUUUCCCAUUUACAUGGUUUGUUUUUGGUGCAAUACAAUCAGCAGCAUCCAGUUCUCUUGCUGCCACCAAAAGGGUAAGUUUUUCUGAUCGAUUCUUCCCUUUGCAUACAUCUUCAAUUUGAUUAAGGAUCACUGUUAGUUUGUAUGCUGUUAUUAGGAGACUAAACUAGGAGACGGUUG